UCCUCCUCCUUCUGACUAACAGCCUUUUGCAUUUCAAGGGCUUGAUCUUCCUUGCCUUAAAAGUUGUAAACCACACCACAAGGAAGUAAGGAAGAAGAAGAAGAGGAGGAGGAGGAUGAAGGGGGGGGGGAAGACAUACACACACACAUACACAUAAACAAGUAGUCCAGUUUACAGGCACACUUCGGAGCAUACACACACAUACAGUAUACUCCAGCCUGGUCCCCUUUAUCUCGGCUGUCUGUGUGUCCGUGUGUGUGUGUGUGUGUGUGUGUGUGUGUGAUAGUGUUAAGUGUAUCUAAGUGCUGUGUUGUGUGGAUUGACAGUGAGCCUUGGUGCAGCGUGACUCGGUGGACAGGCCGCGGAUAGGCCGUGAGUCAGGCACAGCAAGGAACAUUUAGUGAAGAGGAAAAUAUAAAUAAGAAAAACGGAUAAAGCAGGACAAGAGGAGAGAAGACUUUUUGGUUAGAGAAGAGUAAAGAGGAGUGUAAGGCGGCGCAGCAGCAAGAAGCGUGUGUGCACGGAGAGGCGCGCCCAGCAGGAGCCGCAGGAGUCACCGCCAGGCGUGCAGCAGGAAGAGGAACCACGCGCCGCGCCCGCCCGCACGUUCACCCCGCCAGCAGGAGCGUGAGGCCAGGCGGCGCCAGAAAGUGUCCUGACCUUCCCUGCCCUGCCCACCUGCCAUGGCGUGAAGGCUCCACGCCCCGCAGACAUGACCACCUUUAUCCGAGGCGCCCUGUCCUGGCUGGGCGGUGGCGGUGGUGGCGGCGGCAGCGGCGGCGGCAGCAGCAGCAGCAGCAGCAGCAGCAGCAGCAGCAGCAGCAGCAGUAGCAGCCGGGAAGUGAGAGUUGAAAGGAUGGCCACCACUCCGCCCGACGUGCCCCUACCGCCUUCCAAUCCCAUGUCCAUCACUCAGCACGCCACGCCCCUGCCAGACCACGCCGUGCCGCCCACACAGUCCAGCACGCUCUGCACCACGCCCACCUCAGGCUGCUCCACACCUGUACCGCGCAACGUGCCGCCCUCACCCCCAGGGCCCCCGCCCAAGUCCCAGGCCAGGCCCGCCGUGCAACCUGCGCCACGCCGCCCCAGCCUCCAAUCCCGCAGGGACAGCCAGGGAGCCUGGCCCGCCCCCACCGGUCCGCUCCCUCAGCCAGAGGCAGGGCGCGGCAAGGGUGGUGAGGCCCGCUGGGUGCCCCCUCCUCCCGGGCCGCGCAGGGAGCGCCCCAAGUUCCUGCCACUGGUGUCCCCCAAUAGGCCAGCACAGCCCGCCCCAGCCCCGGCCACUACCUCUGCCUCCGCCUUCCAGCUGCCGCCCUGCCCCCCGCCCCGUCCCCUGCAUCCACCGCGCCCGCUGCGCAGGGCACAGAGCUUCCAGUACCCAGACUACAGCCACAUCAGGCCCAAGGUGAACAGCAGACCCUCGCCCGCCAGCCCCUCCCAGGGCGGCGCCAAGCCCAAGCGUGUCACCGCCACCCCGGGGGCCGCGCCCCCACCACGCGGGGCGCCCCGGUUCAGCAAGGCUAACAGUGAGCGCGGCACCGUCCCCACGCUGAGUCACAGCCACAGCAUGAGGGAGCUGCCCAAGCUGGUGAGUCGCCGCGCCGCCCCCCAGCCCAGCCAGGACGGUGCGGUGGGCAUGCGGCGCUGGCGUAGCCUGGGUGACGAGUACCCCCUGCAGCGCCCUGCCCGCCGUCACCGCCAAGGAUGUGCCAAGGGCGUGGCCUGCUCCACCAGCCACGGGGACCUCACCGUGGAGAGCACCACGUCCCUGCAGCCUGCCGCCACCCGGGGAAUCAGACACUCUGCGUCCUGCCCUCAGAACCUUAGCAGGGCCGCCUCCCUACAGGAGGACGUCAGCACAGUCUUAGUGCGACAGCAGGGUAAGGAAAUCAGCACAGCCUCACCGCAGCAGCAGCAGCAGGAUAAGGACGUCAGCAGACCCUCACUCCAGCAGCAGCAGGAGGAGGAAGAGGAAGAAGUGAACAGAGGCGUACAUCAACAGGAGGAGGAAAUCAUUAGUGCCCCACUUCAGCAACAGCAAGAGGAGGAAGUCAGCAGAGCCUCCCCUCAGCAUCACUUAGAACAGGAAGUCACCAAAGCUUCAAUUCAGCAGGAGCAGGAUGUCACCAAAGCUUCACUUCCACAGGAGCAGGAAGUCACCAAAGCUUCACUUUCACAGGAGCAGGAAGUCACCAAAGCUUCACUUUCACAGGAGCAGGAAGUCAUCAAAGCUUCACUUCCACAGGAGCAGGAAGUCACCAAAGCUUCACUUCCACAGGAGCAGGAAGUCAUCAAAGCUUCACUUCCACAGGAGCAGGAAGUCACCAAAGCUUCACUUCCACAGGAGCAGGAAGUCACCAAAGCUUCACUUUCACAGGAGCAGGAAGUCAUCAAAGCUUCACUUCCACAGGAGCAGGAAGUCACCAAAGCUUCACUUCCACAGGAGCAGGAAGUCAUCAAAGCUUCACUUCCACAGGAGCAGGAAGUCACCAAAGCUUCACUUCCACAGGAGCAGGAAGUCACCAAAGCUUCACUUCCACAGGAGCAGGAAGUCAUCAAAGCUUCACUUCCACAGGAGCAGGAAGUCACCAAAGCUUCACUUCCACAGGAGCAGGAAGUCACCAAAGCUUCACUUCCACAGGAGCAGGAAGUCACCAAAGCUUCACUUCCACAGGAGCAGGAAGUCAUCAAAGCUUCACUUCCACAGGAGCAGGAAGUCACCAAAGCUUCACUUCCACAGGAGCAGGAAGUCACCAAAGCUUCACUUCCACAGGAGCAGGAAGUCAUCAAAGCUUCACUUCCACAGGAGCAGGAAGUCACCAAAGCUUCACUUCCACAGGAGCAGGAAGUCACCAAAGCUUCACUUUCACAGGAGCAGGAAGUCACCAAAGCUUCACUUCCACAGGAGCAGGAAGUCAUCAAAGCUUCACUUUCACAGGAGCAGGAAGUCACCAAAGCUUCACUUCCACAGGAGCAGGAAGUCAUCAAAGCUUCACUUUCACAGGAGCAGGAAGUCAUCAAAGCUUCACUUCCACAGGAGCAGGAAGUCACCAAAGCUUCACUUCCACAGGAGCAGGAAGUCACCAAAGCUUCACUUCCACAGGAGCAGGAAGUCACCAAAGCUUCACUUCCACAGGAGCAGGAAGUCACCAAAGCUUCACUUCCACAGGAGCAGGAAGUCAUCAAAGCUUCACUUCAGCAGGAGCAGGAAGUCAUCAAAGCUUCACUUCCACAGGAGCAGGAAGUUAUCAAAGCUUCACUUCAGCAGGAGCAGGAAGUCACCAAAGCUUCACUUCCACUGGAGCAGGAAGUCAUCAAAGCUUCACUUCAGCAGGAGCAGGAAGUCAUCAAGGCUUCACUUCAGCAGGAGCAGGAAGUUAUCAAAGCUUCACUUCCACAGGAGCAGGAAGUCAUCAAAGCUUCACUUCAGCAGGAGCAGGAUGUCACCAAAGCUUCACUUCCACAGGAGCAAAUAGUCACCAAAGCUUCACUUCCACAGGAGCAGGAAGUCACCAAAGCUUCACUUCCACAGGAGCAGGAAGUCACCAAAGCUUCACUUCCACAGGAGCAGGAAGUCACCAAAGCUUCACUUCCACAGGAGCAGGAAGUCAUCAAAGCUUCACUUCAGCAGGAGCAGGAAGUCAUCAAAGCUUCACUUCCACAGGAGCAGGAAGUUAUCAAAGCUUCACUUCAGCAGGAGCAGGAAGUCACCAAAGCUUCACUUCCACAGGAGCAGGAAGUCAUCAAAGCUUCACUUCAGCAGGAGCAGGAAGUCAUCAAGGCUUCACUUCAGCAGGAGCAGGAAGUUAUCAAAGCUUCACUUCCACAGGAGCAGGAAGUCAUCAAAGCUUCACUUCAGCAGGAGCAGGAUGUCACCAAAGCUUCACUUCCACAGGAGCAAAUAGUCACCAAAGCUUCACUUCCACAGGAGCAGGAAGUCACCAAAGCUUCACUUCCACAGGAGCAGGAAGUCAUCAAAGCUUCACUUCAGCAGGAGCAGGAUGUCACCAAAGCUUCACUUCCACAGGAGCAGGAAGUCACCAAAGCUUCACUUCCACAGGAGCAGGAAGUCAUCAAAGCUUCACUUCCACAGGAGCAGGAAGUCAUCAAAGCUUCACUUCAGCAGGAGCAGGAAGUCAUCAAGGCUUCACUUCAGCAGGAGCAGGAAGUCAUCAAAGCUUCACUUCCACAGGAGCAGGAAGUCAUCAAAGCUUCACUUCAGCAGGAGCAGGAUGUCACCAAAGCUUCACUUCAGCAGGAGCAGGAGGAGGAAAAAGGCAGAGCCUCACACCAGCAGGAAGAAGUCAGCAGAGCCUCACAUCAGCAGCAGCAGGACGUCAGCAGAGUUUCGCUUCAGCCGCAGCAGGAGGAAGAAAUGAACAGGCCAGCGUUGGGUGAGAGGAGCGGCGGCGGCGGUGGAUGGUUGGUGCCGGCGUCGUUGGAGGACAGCAGCGCGGCCACAGCGGGCAGUGAGAGCAUGGGCAGGGCGUCGGCGUCGUCGUCGGAGAGUGAGAGUGAGGAUGACGGGGACGAGGUGUUCAUGCCAGCAGCGACGCGCAUGGGCGGUCUGAGCCGCAGCUGGGGCGGCGGAGAGUGGGGAGCGUGGGGAUGCUCCAGCAGCAGUGACAGCAGCAGGGACAACAGUCCCGCGCCUCUCAGGCGGCCCACGGGCAGCCUCACCAACCUGGUGGAGUGUGGCGCCUCGCGGAUGGGCAGCAGCAACAGCAGCAGCAGACACAAUCUAUGCCUCAGUCUGACGGACCUGCACUACACCGGCAGGCGUGCUGCCACCAACAGCAGCAGCAGCAGCGUCAGGCGGUCAGGGCAGGGCGUGCUGUCCUGCGCCUGCAGCCAGACACGCCUGGACACCCACACAGGCUGGCACGUCCUCCGCCGCAGCCUGCAGCGCCGCACCCGCGCUGCGCACGGGUGGCACGCUCUACGAGAGCAAGUGUUGGAGGAGGUGAACGUCCGCCGGAAGGCGCAGGCUAGGAGGGAUGGCGGGGAGGGAGCCAGCGAGUGGCCACCAAGGGAAGAGGAAGAGGAGGAGAGGGAGAAGCAGGAGGAGCAGGCCCCACCGGAAAUGUGUCCGCCCGCCGCUUCCGUGGAGUCCCCUGGCUGUCGUCGCUCCUGCCGCCCGCCGCGCCUCAGCGAGGUGUUCGGUGGCAGCGGGGAUGUGCGCGCCACGCGGCGCCUCGUCAAGAACAGCCUCAGCGUGGAGGAGCCGGCCCGCAAGACGCGCCGGGGAAGAAACCGUCGCCGGGCCGCUGCCGUCGCCCAGCCAGCCCUGAGGUACGCCACGCCCACGGCCAAGGCGCCGUGCGGGCGUGCGGCAGACUUGCUGGAGGUGGUGGUGGCGCUGCCGCCGCAGGAGCCUAGCCCCGAGAGCGGCCUGGGCACGAGCUUCGAGGACAGCGCCGCGUCCUUCUCUUCUUCCUCCACGCCACACUCAGGCAGCUCCUCGCCCGCCCCCACACCGCCACCCGCCACUACACCCAGCCAGGUGUACCACGCCAUCUCCCACUACCUGUGCUCCGUGGACCUGGCGGAGAGCGAGGACGACAGCUUCAACCAGGAGGCUGACGUGCUGUGCCCCGAGGACCUGCUGGUGCUGACGGACAACGAGGACACCGUCAGCUGGCGCGACCUGGUGGUCAGCGAGUCCGCGCCGCUCCCUCGCCAGCCUGACCUGGACCUGCACUUCUCGGCGCCGCCCAGCCCCGCCCCGGACUCUACAGACCUGCCGGGGGAGCUGCAGGACCUGCUGGGGGCAGAUUUCCCCCUGGACAGUCUAUCCUGGGACACAACCGAGACCCCGCACCUCCCCGCCCGCCGCCGCCCCGGGCCACUCUGACACCUGGGAGCACGACACAUCCACGCCCUCUCCUGACGAGCCCUGGCCCCCGUCCCUGCCGCCUGAGCCGCCCCUCACCCCUCAGGGACCACCCAACACUCCCAACCGCGACCCCGCCUCGCCCACCACGCCCCAGCACCUGCCCUGCAUCACGCCGCAAGACCAGCCCGAGCCCUCGCCUCCACCAUCCACCUGCCACUCCCACCACAAGGCCACCACGGCGUGUGAGGAGGAGGAGGAGUGCCGCGGGCGUGGGCGGGUGUGCGGCUCUGAGGCGCGGGAGGCGUCACGGGAGCGCAGCAUCAGCUGCAGCGACAACAUGC